AUGUACAGCAUACUAGAGAGCGAGUUGAAGGCGCCCCAGCCUAACCCCGGAGGAGGCUCGGCCGGGAACGGCGCUCCGGGAGGCAACGGCAAGGGUGGCGGCGGCGGAGGAGGAGGAGGAGGAGGAGGAGGAACCGGAGCCACGGACCAGGACCGGGUCAAGCGGCCGAUGAACGCGUUCAUGGUGUGGUCGCGGGGCCAGCGGCGCAAGAUGGCUCAGGAAAACCCCAAGAUGCACAACUCUGAGAUCUCUAAGCGCCUGGGCGCGGACUGGAAGCUGCUGAGCGACGCAGAGAAGCGCCCCUUCAUCGACGAGGCCAAGCGGCUCCGCGCAGUCCACAUGAAGGAAUACCCGGAUUAUAAAUACCGGCCACGUCGGAAGACCAAGACGCUGCUCAAGAAGGACAAGUACUCUCUGCCGGGCAACCUGCUGGCCCCGGGAAGCGCCGGCGGAGGCGGCGUCAGCAGCCCCGUCGGGGUCGGGCAGCGCCUGGACUCCUACGCGCACAUGAACGGCUGGCCCAACGGCGCCUACGCCUCGCUGAUGCCCGAGCAACUGGGCUAUAGCCAGCACCCGGCCAUGAGCAACGCGCAGCUUCAGCCCAUGCACCGCUACGAUGUGAGCGGCCUCCAGUACAGCCCCAUCAUGUCCAGCGCUCAACCCUACAUGAGCGCGGCAGCCUCCACUUACAGCAUGUCUCCAGUUGCUGCGGCGGCGGCGGCUGCCGCUUACGGCCAGCAACCGUCGGGGCACUCGAUGAGCUUGGGGACGAUGGGUUCCGUGGUGAAAUCUGAGCCCAGCUCGCCGCCACCGGCCAUCACCUCGCACUCCCAGCGGGCCUGCCUGGGAGAUUUGAGGGAUAUGAUCAGCAUGUACCUACCGCCCGGGGGCGACGCGGCCGACCCGUCGACACUGCAGGGCACCCGGCUACACAGCGUCCACCAGCACUACCCGAGCGCCGGGACUGCUGUCAACGGCACCGUGCCACUAACUCACAUCUAG